AUGGACGACGACGAGAAUGGCACCUGUGACGACAAUGACAACCAGCACAUCGAGGUUAGCAGUGAGAGCGAGAGUGAUGACGAUCGAAUUGUGUCAUGCUACGCCAAUGGUUCGGAGCCAUCGGGUGACGAGGGCUGCUUCUUCACCAACCCAUUCAAGUCACAGGUGACCAGCUCGUUUGGAAGCAGACCCAUCUCACUGGCCAACAACAACCUCCAUGGCUUCAACUACAACACCUACAUGCAGAGCAACAACAGCCAGCGCGAUGACAGACUGGACGAGAUGGUCGACUACUCCCAAUCCGAGUCUGGUUCCGAGUCCGAGUCCGAGUCGGACACCGACCCAGAGACCCUGAGGAAGGGUUCGUUUGCGCAGUGGAUCAAGAAGGUGCAUGGCAAUGACAUUGUCAUCCCUCCCAAGCCUAUCAACAGCAGCGGCGAACACUCCAAAGAGUUGAUAGACGUAGACACCUUUGAGCCAUUUGUUAGGAUGCCUGAUUCUCGCACAUUCCCGCCCAAGCCUUCACUCAACUCUGUAUUGGUCGAGUGUCUUGACAACCACUGUACACCAGCCUUCAAGCAAGAUAUCCAAUACCUGUACGAUCGUGGACCCACCCUCUCCAGCUACACAUCCAAGCAACUGAGUAUGGUGGCAACCUUGUUUGAUAAUCUUAUAUUACAUUCAUAUAUAUACGAGAUCCCACUCUGGCCAAUGUCCAAAGCAUCAUUGAGCCAAGUCGAGUAUCUGUCAAGGCAGUACAGUAUAUUCAGUAGUAAUAAGAUAAUAAAUGGACGAAAGACGAUAUACAUCAUCAUUCACAAGAACACAAAGAAGCCAUCGAUCAGGAAAAAGGAGAAGCAUAUUGAAGCAGCAUUGACAGAGUAUAUGAAUGCAUUGAGCAGUAGUAACAGCAGCAAUGGCAUUUCCACUUCCAAUGACUCACUGGACACCAAGUCAUCAACAUCGACGACACUACUCUCCUCAUCGCCAAGGAAGAAUGAGAAGACAAUCUUGUACAAUAGGAAGGGCAAAGUCAAUGUCACUUCUCCGAGGAAGCAUCCACAAUCGCCACAGUUCUAUAAGGGCUCCCCGAGAGGUCUGAAAGGAUCGCCACACAGCAACAAGGGCAACAGCAACACAUCAUCACCUUCCACCAAAUCACCACUGCGGCUUCAUCAUGGAGAUGUUGUGGAUGGCAACCGCGAGCCAAUCUCUGACACCAACAUUGGAAACAUCAUGCUCAAGAAGAUGGGCUGGACAGGUGGAGGCCUGGGAUCGACCGGACAGGGCAUGGACGCACCCAUCAAGGCCGUCGUUAGGAAAGACCGA